UGGGCGUCUAAAACCAAAAUUAAUUCUGGUUGUGUUUCUGAUUUUAAGAAAGAGAAAUAGCUCUGAUAUAGCUAUUUCUGUCAUCUAUUGUUGUCGCCUCCGCCAUCCAUCUAUGGUCUGAUAUAGCUCUCCCCUCCGCCAUCUAUUGUUGUCGCCGUCAAGUCGCCGGGAUCCAUGUCAGGGUUCAAACAUUGUUGAGGUUGAUCUGUAUAAGCUUCAGUGAAAGAUGCAGUUCUUUGGAGGAUCAGAGAUCAGCCCGUCGCCUCCUCUCCCAACAGCAUCAGGGAACAAUGCCCACAUGUUGUAUGUGUUCAAUAGAAACGGGGUAUGUCUACUUUACAGGGAAUGGAAUCGCCCCCUUAAGACACUAAACGCUCAGCAGGACCAUAAACUCAUGUUUGGUCUACUCUUCUCUCUCAAAUCAUUAACAGCCAAGAUGGAUCCUACGAGCAUUGAUAAAGGGAAUCUUGGAGUUCCACAAUUACCUGGACAAGGGUGUUCCUUUCAUAGUUUUCGUACAAAUACUUACAAACUGAGUUUCAUGGAGAGUCCAUCUGGAAUAAAGAUAAUCCUCGUCACACAUCCAAGGACUGGUGAUUUAAGGGACUCAUUGAAGUAUAUUUACAACUUGUAUGUUGAAUAUGUUGUGAAGAAUCCGCUUUAUUCUCCUGGAAGCCCUAUUAAAUCUGAGCUAUUUAACAGUACUCUAGAUCAGUAUGUCAGAGGCAUCGGAUGAUAUAUCAAAAUUUUGCAACCGGACUCAAGAUGAUCUGUCAGUUUAUCACACUCUACAUUCAUUUCUAUCAGAAAUAUUUUUGUUUCGAAGGACAACAAAGGUUUCGUUUGUUAUUUGAUUGUGAACUCUGAUUUGGCCCCAUGUAAUCUCUUGUGACAUUGCUAAUAUGGUUUGCUGCUCCCCUUUGGUAUAAAACGCUGACGGUGAAUAUUCAAGCUAAUGUAAUACUACUAUCCUUUUUACACAGUACAGCUAAUGUAAUAUUCAAGCUGACGGUUAAUCCUUUUUACCUGUCAUCAUGUACAUUCACAGUGGAUGUUGACAUCUUUUAUUCAAGUUUUUUUAAAAGAUCUUCUAUUCCAGUUUUAUUCAUUUGAUUGGUUCAUUGUAACCGUAACAACCUUACAAGGAGGUCUAUAAAAACCUUACAAGUUACAAUUUAC